AAGGCGGGUUCUGAACAAACGUUUCAAAUGGGUUGAUUUUAUUCAAAAACUUCACUUUUCUUGAAAAGGGUGUGAAGAAAAAAAUCAAAUAUCAAUCUUACUUUGUCAGUUGGUGAAUAUUUGUACUUGCAGUAUGAAGGCUUUUGGUUUCUUUGUUCUGUUCUUGGUGAUGGGGACAGCUUUUGUGUCCUUUAAUUGCUUCAGCACUGGAGGAAUGUCCGUCAAAUGGCAAAGUAAUGAUAUGGUGAUGACUAUAAGAAGCAGAAAGCUGCAGGGCAAUGGCUUCGGUCCAAGCAACUUAGAUCUGGAAGAUUAUCGCCCGAUAGAUCCAGUUCCUAGCACAAAAGCUUCUAUAAGACCAGGACCAGUUGAGCAUGGUACUCCUCUUAUGCCUUAUAUUCCCAAGCCUUCACCUCCUCCUAUUAGCACCAAUUAUGGGCUCCCGUAAGCUCAUCUUUAUUCCACUUCCACUGAUGUGCUACAAGUUGAGGAAAAAAGAAGAAGUUGGACGAAUGUAGAAACUUCAAAGAAGCCUUGUCUCUACUAUUUUGUGUUUUCCUUGUAAAAUUUUUGUCGAAACCUUGUAUAUUACUAUGACACGUUAUUUAUAAUACGUAUGCCUCUAGGCGAUACUUGCAUAAAUUAUUAGAUAUUUCAGUUUUUGAA